GUCAAACGUGACUGCUUCUGUUGUCCCUUAAUUCAACUUGGCAACUUCUUUUCUUUGGUAUCAAACGAUAUGCUUCCAAAGAAAGCUCCAAAGAUUGUAUUUCCUGAUAACCACGCAAUUUAUGUAAAAGCCUUGUAUAAAAGCAUAUUAGCGGAGGGAUCACUAUUUUUUGAUGAUCGAGCAAGAACAUUUAUACAAAAUCGAACAAGAUACUUGUUUAAAGAAUAUAAAGAUUGCGCCGAUCUUGAGAGAGUAAAGAGCAAGAUAAAAGAAGCAAGAAGGAAACUUCAUAAAUUAGAGGAAGCUAAUCGAGGAAACUUUAGAAAAGCCUACAAGAUACUUUUAGAUGUUUAUGGAAGAAGAGGAAAAGUGCGUCACUCGCUGCUUUAUCCUUACUUAAAUCAGUUCAAGCCAGUCGACUUUAAGCAUCCAGAACCAUUUAUCCCACAUGUGCCUCGCACAGCUCCACCACCACCUUUAUGCCCACCGUUGCGUGUGUUGAUUACAGAUCAUCUGGGAAAGAGACUAUCUCCAAUACUACCUGAGCCAAAGCAUAAGCCAUUACAUGUCGGUAGAAAGGCCAAUUUGCUCUGGAGGCAUCAUUCCAACUUACUUAGUCGUGUAUCGGUGCCACUUCCGUUUGAAAUAUUAUGUGAACUAGAAACAAAAGCAGGUGCGCUUCCUAAUCACCCUAUGUCAGCAGCCAGUUUAGGGAAAGGCGGUCCAAAAUGGGAUCAAUUUUACUUUGCAUACCAAAACAACUUUGAUCUUGCCCAUCUAUCGCCUCAUCUAAAAUCUCAUGUUCCUCAGUCAAAGGUAGUCCGAAGUCAAACAGUGGCUGGUAUUCGAUCUCCCUAUGAGACAGUCAAAAUGCCCAACAUAUUGGAGUAUUUAGAAGAAAAGGAGUCAAAGAAACCAGAGCUUCAAAAGUAUGAAUCACCCUAUGACAAUAGACAAACAAGACGACUUUAUAGGCGAUUACUUAAUGAAAUACCAUGUAUGGAUAUGUUUACAUGGGAAACACUUUGGAAAGAAGGCGUAAAUUAUACUAUAUUCAAAUCAAACUGGAUACCAAAGGGUGUUAGAGAAUUGAUCCCAGAAACUCUUAGUUCUGAAGUAAUUAAGGAAACCAUGAAAACAAAUAAAAGAAAGAAAUAAAUGAACCAUCCACUUGAGAUCAUGGCAUGGGGAUUAUUGUAGUUGUAAACUCAGAUUCUACAGAAUGAAAGACCCUUCUUUUUUCAGAUGCUCUCAAACCGAGUCUUUUAGACUAUAUGUCUAGUGAGCAUUUCACCAAUGCAUCUUGUUAAAGAUAUAGCUUUGUAUGCCUGAUUUAGUUUUUUACAUAUAAAAAAGAUAAAUGAUACCUUAUAGCAG